GACAACUCAGUGGACAACUAUUGUUGGACUCUUCCCAAAACUUUCCUGCUUUGUUGAAGUACCUUUCCCUUUUCUAAAAAUCCCUACCUUUUCAAAAAAUCGACUUUGAAGUGAAUAUUAAUGGAUUAUUAUAAGUAUGAAUCAGUGGGCGAACAUCAUCCUACCAUGAAUUAUGCAGAGAAUGAGUCUCUCACUUACUUCACUCAACAAGCCAUUCGAGCUGGCUAUGUGGCGCCUCAAUUUGAAAACAAGCUUGAUCAUAUCCAACACCAACCCGCCAAUAUGCGUGAGGCACUUAGAAUAGAGAUUGAGAAGGAGCUUAUUAGAGAGGAGAUUAUUGCAGAACAGAUUAGUCGAAGACGCAUGUUGGAGUUUGAAGGCAGAAGAGAGCUCAUGAUGGAAAGACAACUAGCUCAGCAGAGUGUAGAAGAAUUUAUUCCUUUCUCUUCACCUGUAAUGAGUUUCUGCCCCACGCCUCCGUUCUUGAAGCAACAGAUUGGUGUAGGGUCCUCGGAGGAAAGAAUUGCAACAUCACAGAUGGAAAGGCGGAUAUCAGUCUCUAAAUUUGGUGCAAGAAAUGAUAUUGGGAGACUUGACAUUGUGCCAUUUGAGGAACGGAUUUCAGAGAUUUCUUUUCAUCAACGAAGAAGUUGGGCCCGAUCGAAAAGAGAGAAGUAGAACAGGAAUUGUCUAUAAAACCCACUCUCGGCCUGCCUUCUUGUUCUUAAGCGUAAGAACCUGGUUCUUACUAACCAUCACACUAGAUAACAAUCUAUAGUCUAUGGAGGUUCUUUGUUAGCUUUGGAUACAAACUAGCUCCACAAUAUACCCUCUUGAACUAUCUUUCUCAAAAUAGUUUCUUGUUAUCUUUGCUUCUGAUGACGUCCAAGUCCACUCCUAAGAAAGAAGAAAGUGUACAUUGUCAUCGUAAUAUAAUUUAUUCAACUA